UUUGUAAAGCAGAACAGGAAGUGUAAAGCAUUUCACCUAGGCAGUAACUCAUCAUGUUGUCAACAUAUACACGGUCACUACAAGUUCUACCAGGCUAAAUGUAAGGAGCUAGGGAUUGCUGAGCACCACCAUGCAAUCCCUCAUGAGUUG